CUUCGCUUCACUGAAUUCCCCUUCACUUCUUGUCUGUUUCCGGUGGCUCUUCUUGCUUUUUCCUCGCUCUGCGACCUUCACUAAACUCCCCGACAGCCUCGCUUCCGUCACUCCUCAUUGCUCGGCUUAUAACACAAGGUUUUGAUCUUCAAUGGAGUCUGGUAAACAAAAUGAGUAUGCUGCUUUCGAGGAGAAGGUGAGGAGGACGGUUUACUUGGACAACCUAUCACCGAAUGUAACUGAGUCAAUCGUGAGAACUGCUCUUGAUCAGUAUGGAACUGUCAAGAGUGUUGAGUUCAUUCCAAACUAUCUGGAGCCACGGAACAUGCCACAAUGUGCUUUAGUGGAGAUGGAGAAAGGAAAGCAAGCUAAAGUUGUCAUCUCUACAUUGUCAGAAUUCCCUUUCAUGAUGUCUGGAAUGCCAAGGCCUGUAAGGGCACGUGCUGCUGUGGCAGAGAUGUUUGGUGAUCGCCCAAGAAAGCCCGGCCGACAGAUACGUAUCUGUUGGUUGGACACUGCCGACCCCGAUUUUGAGGUGGCAAGCAAGCUUAAGCAGCUGGUGAAAAGGCAUGCUACUGAAACUGCGGUGAUGCUCAAGCAUCAACUGGAAAAGGAGGAGAAGCUUGCAAAGCAGCAAGGAGAAACUCUGAAAGCAAAUUACAAGAAGUAUGAGAUGAUAGAUAGUUUGAUGGCUGAUGGAGCUGCUCGACGUUUGGCACGGUGCUAUAAUUUGAGGGUUUCAGAUGACUCAGGCCCUUCUACCUUUCACUGACAUGCAACAACCCUAUGUACUAACGUAAGUAGAGAGGACCUUUACUUGUAGAGAGGAUCUUUACUUGGCAUGUAUUAGAACACUUCAAAAUCUGUGGAUAGCUUCUCUUCUCUUCUAAUUUAGGUGCACUUAGAUUUUGUUCAUGUUAUCGGAUUGCCAAGACUCCCAUGCUGGAGAAGCAGAAAAUCACAAAAUAUUAUAGUCAAAA